AUGGAGGUUUUACUGGCGCCAACGGGCGACCGGACGGCCGAAUUCAACGAGCUGCUGCGCAAGCGAAACGCAGCACCAGCAACUGCACGACCCGACCUUGAGAGGGCAGACGGCUUCCUAAAGGAGGCAUACAGAAUUGAACUCCGCGAUGUACGACAAGCCUACCUCUCGACAGCGCAGCCCCGACGAACACAAUCGCGCACGGUGCAGGGUCAGCCGCGGGUGCUGACGGACCGCGAGCGGGAAGAGGUCGACGCCAACGCCAAGCAGAUGAUCCGGGAGCUCAACGCCAGCAUCCGGGCGGUGGACGACGCUGAGCAGCUGCGACGGGAGACAGCGGCGGCGAUUGUGCGCAAGACGUACGGCAGCGCGCUGGGGGCGCUGGGCUCGUGGGCGUCUGGCGGCAGCGCGCUGGGGGCGGGCCAGUCGGCGGAGCAUGCGGCGGCCGAGGCGCGCGGGCGGCAGACGGAGAUGCACCGCGACAGCGUCCUGUGGUUCCUGCGGCAGCGCCUGGAGCAGUGCUGCCGCACGCAGCAGGACAUGAUGGAGACGCGGCUGACGCGGGAGCUGGAGAAGUCGCGCGGGUUCCUGGCGGCGCCGGCGUCCGACUUUGCCGACUUUGCGCAGGCGACGGGGACGGCGGCACCGGCGACGUCGAGCGCCGACGCGGCGUACGGGGCCGGGAACGAGGGCCUGACCGAGGACCAGGUACAAAUGUUUGAGGAGGGUAACCAGGACAUGAUGAAGCACUACGAGAGCACGCUCGCCAAAGUACAGACGGCGGAGAAAUCACUGGUGGAAAUCUCGGAGCUGCAAUCGAUGCUGGUCAGCAACCUGGCGAUCCAGUCGGCGCACAUUGAGCAGCUGGUGACGGACUCGCUCUCAACGACGGAGAAUGUCGGCGGCGGCAACAAGGAGCUUAAAAAGGCUUCGCAGCGACCGAGUGCGGCACGAUACACAUUUUUCGCGGCGAGCGGGCUAUGCGCCUUCUUGGUGCUGUGGGAUCUCAUCAUAUAA